CCGGCGGGCGGCGGCGGGGCGGGAGCAGCGGCAGGAUGGCAGGGCAGGAUCCCGUGCCUUCGUCCUGCGACUGCUUCGUGGCGCUGCCGCCACACACCUUGGCACCCGCCGUCAUCUUUGGCAAGAAUGCUGACCGGCCACGCCAUGAGGUCCAGGAGGUCGUCUAUGUCCCCGCCGCCGUCCACCAUCCUGGGGACAAAGUCCAGCCGUCCUCCAUCCCCCGCCCCGCAGUGCACCUAUCUGGAGAUCGAGCAGGCGGAGAGGACCCACGCAGUGGUGCUGAGCCGUCCCGCCUGGCUGUGGGGCGCAGAGAUGGGUGCCAACGAGCACGGCGUCUGCGUAGGCAACGAGGGCGUCUGGACCCGCGAGCCUGUGGGGGAGGAUGAGGCGCUGCUGGGGAUGGACCUGGUGAGGCUGGGUUUGGAGCGGGGCAGCUCUGCCCGGGAGGCCCUGGAGGUGAUCGUGGCCUUGCUGGAGCGCUACGGCCAGGGCGGGAGCUGCAAGGAGGAGCCGGUGCCCUUUGUCUACCACAACACCUUCCUGCUGGCUGACCGCACCGAGGCCUGGGUGCUGGAGACCGCUGGCCGGUACUGGGCAGCCCAGCAGAUCCGAGAGGGCAGCCGCAACAUCUCCAACCAGCUCAGCAUCGGGAGGGAGAUCACGGCCGAGCAUGCGGGGCUGCGGCAGCGAGCCCGCAGCCAGGGCUGGUGGAGCGGGGACGGUGAGUUCAGCUUCGCUGAGGUCUUCUCCCUGACGCACCAGCCCGCCCGCAUGGAGGCUGCCAAGGCCCGCUACCGUGCCGGCAAGGAGAUGCUGCAGCAGCACGCAGGUCACAUCACGGCAGAGACGUUCAUGGCUAUCCUGCGGGACAAGGACAGCGGCAUCUGCGUGGACUCAGAAGGCUUCCGCACGGCGGGCAGCAUGGUGUCUGUGCUGCCCCGGGAUCCCGCCUUGCCCUGCGUCCACUUCUUCACGGCCACCCCUGACCCCUCCAGGUCCGUCUUCAAGCCCUUCGUCUUCGUGGCCGGCCUCAAGCCCGUGCCACAGGUGAGGUCUCCCACCUUCCGUGACGACCCUGCCAAGCAGAUCCCGCGGUUCCAGAGCACAGUCGAUCGGCGACACGAGCUCUACCGCCGGCAUCAGGCGGCGCUGGAGCUGAUGGAGAGGGACCAGGAGCGGGGCCAGAAGCUCCUGCAGACGCUGCGGGACCUGGAGAAGCAGGGCCUGGAGGGGAUGAACGCGCUGCUGGGGGGGACAGUGGCCCCCCGCCCAGAAGAGCUGGCUGACCUCUUCUUUGACUGCGUGGAGGCAGAGAUGAAGUUUUACGCAUAAACUCCAUGCAGGUGGGUGGGCUCGGUCCCCCCGUGGCUUUGCUCCUGAAUAGGGAAUGAGGAAACCUUCCCGGUGCCCCGGCUCCUCGCUUCCUCCUGCCGCAGAUCUGCCGCUGACUGCAUGGUGGGGAACGGCUCGACCGGCAUCGCCAGCCCUGCCUGGGGGUGUGGAGCUUCCAGCCCCCUAACUUGCCCCAGAGGAACCUGCACUUUUGAGAGGUGGCUGUGGCCUGAAAUGCGGGUGCAGGGGGAAGGAGAGGGACAUGGAGCGGGAUUUGGAGUCCUGCCCGCACCCCCGUGUGUCUUUUCCCACCAUCAGGCAGAGCUGCCCGUGCCCAGCCCCUGUGGGGCCGGCUGUGGGGCUGGGGGCUCCGCGGCAGAGAGGCAGAGUGGUGUAGGAAUAAAGAGGCUUUAAUCCCAA